AUGUCGGUGGAUCCUGACAUUGAGAUGUCCACUGUAGAAAUGGACAUUGAUGAGAAGGUCUCGGAAUCGCCGUAUGUAGAACAAACAGCUCCAGAAGACGUUCCAAAUGUCGAAGGGGUUUGUAGCAUUUAUCUUCCAACUUUGGUCUUAGAUCGAAACCAACCCUGAAAGUUCCGCCGAACAAUCCGAGUAAGCAAGGAAUUUCCUUAUUUUGAUGCUAAGACGACGACCGGGCACUGAAACUGUCGAAAUAUGUGAGGAAACGGUUAAUCCUCACGGCAAGGUGAACGCUGAGGACUUUAACGUCCUAAAGGUCAUCGGGAAAGGAGGUUACGGAACGGUUGGCUUCUCCACUUUUACUUGACUGUUUUUAUAGGUGUUCUUAGUCCAAAGAGCGACUGAGAGCAGUGACAAAGGAAAGUUCUACGCAAUGAAAGUACUGAAGAAGGCCCGGCUCGUUUGUAAUGAGAAAAAUACCGCUCACACUGUAUCCGAACGGAACAUCCUUGAAGUUUUAAAAGUGAGUUUGUGCACUCUUCUUACUUUCAAAAGCACCCAUUCUUAGUCCGUCUGCAUUACGCUUUCCAGAACCGGUCAAAUUUGUACAUUGUGCUAGAAUACUGCCCUGGUGGCGAACUCUUCCGUUACCUGGAACGCGAAGGCUUUUUAAUGGAAGAUGCAGCGUGUUUUUAUAUUUCCGAGAUAGCGCUAGCAAUCGGCCAUUUGCAUUCCCUUGGAAUCAUCUAUCGUGACUUGAAGCCGGAGAACAUACUGCUUGACAAAGCAGGCCAUGUCAAACUGACAGACUUCGGUUUGUCAAAAGAAGGUGCUUGCACUACGAACACUUUCUGUGGAACAAUUGAAUACAUGUAAGCUUUCCGAAAUAAUCUUUAUCAUUGAUAGGGCUCCGGAGAUCAUUCGGUGUGCUGGUCAUGGGAGGGCCGUCGAUUGGUGGAGUCUUGGAACUCUCCUGUUCGACAUGCUCUCCGGUGGGGUAAUUUUUCUCAUUUUUUGCCUUACUCGAGGACUCUAGCCUCCAUUUAGUCAAGAAGAAAAUAAAAAAGCCACCGCAGAGAAGGUAAAUUUUGAUCUUUCACUUCACUCUACGUUUGCAGAUUCUUAAAAGCCAGGUCAAGUUUCCGCCCUCAUUUUCUCCCGAGGCGAUUAGUCUCAUUCGGGGGCUUUUGAAGAAGGAUCCGAAGGAAAGACUUGGAGCAAAGAAUGACGUCGAAGAAAUUAAACAACAGCGAUUUUUCAAACGUUACGUGAGUAAUCCAAGGACGUUUGCUACGCAAAAGUGUUAAUAAUAAGAACAUUUCAUUAAAAAGCACGUCCUUAUGAUGCAGGGUAGAAAGUUCUGGCCAAACUUCUCCUUUAUAUCUUCGUGUGAUUAAAAACAAGCAUCUGGUUUUUGAAAUCCUCUUAUGAAUUUACGAAAGCUUGGUGGCUUUCCCAAACUGAUUGCUUACCUCUAUCAAAUAUCGCCUUUCUCUCUAACGGACGAAAUUGGACUUAAUCUUAUUUUUUCGAUGGUGGAUUUAUAUAGAGCUUGCUCUGCCAGGCGGGUGUUAGGGUCUGUCCUAUAGAACGUAUAUAGACACCUAAUUACACCACUAACGAAUUUCUCCGGUUCCCUUUAGCUAUAAAAUCCACGAAACGCAUGAGGGCAACCUUGUCAAAAUGGGAGGUUGUUUAAACUUCUCUUUUACCAGAAAUCCCCAAAAAGUUGAGGUCUGGUAUAUCAUGUGCGGUCAAAGUCUUACCAAGUAUAAAUUUAUGAGUUUGUAGGGAGUUUACAUAUGUUAUAAGUGGUUCUUUUCGAGUUUUGGUUGCACGUUUCAAUAAUCUGCCUUUUAUAUUCGUACAAUUUUAGAUUAUAUACUAGAAUGCCUCAGAAUAGGAAUUCCUCAAGUUCGUUUAAGUGGUUUUUCUCUUCUGCUUGCGCGGAAAAUUUUCGCUCUGAAGUGAUUUUUGACGACCCUAUCGUUCCAUUUCCACCCGUUCUGAAGGACAUUAAUUGGACGGAUGUUUAUGAUCGGAAAAUGGAGCCACCUUUCCGCCCUGAACUGUUAUCCGAUUCAGACGUUUCUAUGUUUGACCCUACCUUCACUGGUUUGCAACCAAUCGUCAGCCCAGGCAACGCUGACGAGUCUGUUCCGGGCGACCUAUUUCAGGUGAAAAUUUUCCUAGCUUUUUCUUUCUAACACCUACCGAAUACCUAGAAAAAUAUUUUAAUUUUGUUUGUGUGGAAUAUUCAGUUUUGGAAAGCAGACUUUCAGGCACUCACUUCAAUCCUACCACUUUUUCCUCAAUACGAUUCUGAGUAGUGUGUAAGUACCUUCUUCGUCUGGCGGAGGGGGUACUAUCGUGCCGAUUACAAGUAAAUAGUGUGUCGCAGGAUACACCUACCCGGAAUCCGCAUAGGUCGUUGGUUUUCUUAUCAAAACUGCCUACGUAUGCAGUCAGGUAGAGAAGUGCGGCCGGCUCACUUCAUUAGGCCUUCGUCUCUGCGUUAGAUGGCACGCGUUUUUUCCAAACGUCAGUCCUUGUAGAUAAUGAAGGACAUCCGUCGCCGGAUGUCCAAGAUGUUGUGUAAGUUGUACAAUGUACUUUCGUAACCUCUUUUGUGUAUUAGUCUAAUAGCUGAUACAGACUUGGUGGGGAGUCAGAAAUACCUAAUGGUAGGCCUAGACGAGGGCUGAGUCACUGCACGUAAUCUAAUUCUCAGUCCCAUUGACUUAGUUCCGUUAUUUCAACAAGAUGAAGAUUAGGACAAAGGUGGACGGAUGCUGCGCGGGUUUCCUCUUCUAUUCUUUUUCAAGCACAAGUCACCAUUAACCAGGUAGUAAUCUUCCCACUAAAGCUAGAAAAACAAGUCAAUUUGUAUUUUAGACCCUCACCUAACUUCCUGUCGCAAUUCUCUGACCGUUAAUUUCUUCUGGAGAAGUUCUGCUAUUUUCGGGUCCUCGCUCUAAGAAGACACAUCAAGAGGACAAUGUUUUAAGAGGGCAUCGAAAUGUGCCAAUAAAAGCGAACAGACGAGCUCCAGGAAGCAACUGUGAAGAAGGAGACACGAUCGCUGGAACAUUUGCCUUAUUAGUCUGACGUUUCGGGUCCCCACUCAUACCUAUCAUCAGAGGCGUUAUCGGAUGCAGGUAGUUAAUGCAUAAGGGACUGCAGUAGUCAUAGGAUGCGGUCGCCAUGCUACCGCAUACCCAGGACAAUUCAUGGCCCCUCCCUUCAUCAGGGACUGUUGCACUUGGCGUGAUGACUGAUGGCCGACAUUCGCGUCGUUAGUUGCUGCAAUUUCAUUACAUUUUUUGGCGGUUGAUGUGAUGAUUGCUCGACUAUCUAACUCACCGACCCUGGCGUUAGGAACAGUACUCAUCUGUGCGCUCCCCGCGUGGCUAAUUACUAUGCUUAGGCGAAGUCUCAGCACCAAAUGUGGAAGCGGAUCGUUGCUUUUUUUUAAUGGACUGGGGGUCAGUGAAUCGCGAAUUCUCACAGGUAUGCGGCAACAUAGCGACUGCAUCCUAUGAAUGCUGAGGCCCCAUGUGCAUUAACUACCCGCGUCUGAUGUUGUCUCUGAUGAUGGGUUAAAGCAGGAAUUCGAAAUUUCAGGAGAAUAAAGCUCUUGUUCGGAGUAUUGAAAUGAUCGUCAAUGGCCGAAUAUUUUAUAAGUAGGCAACAGUUGUAUUAGUCUUUUCACGUCUCAAGGUGGUGCGCCGACUGUAAUCGUGGAUAGGUUGAAGCUUUCGAGAUGUCGGUGUUUAUCCGCCUACCUCUUCUCUCGCGCACAUGCUUCAUUUUGUUCCACUGUCGUUCUGAAUUGCGUUUUACUAUUUUAUGAUUUAGCUUAAUGCUUUUGGUUAUGCCAUCCGAUAUCUUUUCCAGUCGCAUAUUAGAUUUAGGUUCAAAGAGCUUGUGGAGUCCGUGUUAGUCUUGAGCACAGUGGAGAAUAGUGCGUUAUAUUUUACUGACUGAAUUUGGAAGCAUCUUUUGCGCUCCCUCCGGAGUUUGCCUGACGUGGCGCGAUUCCACUUAGUCGUUGCUUUGUUUGCUUCCUUGAGGUAUACUUUGACAGCAUUUAACCUUCGUCUGUUCCAUAUUCUGCGCCCACGUCAAAUACCAUCCUAAUGUGCAUCCCUAAAUGUUUCAAAAUUUCACUUUUGUGAAGACACAUUUUUUAAAUUCGCUUAAUUUUAUGACUGUCUGGUCAUUCCAACUAACAGUCCAUUGUAAUCCAACCACUUAGUUUAACCCUGUAAUACCAAAUUCGGGUUAAACGGACUUCCAUUUAUCCAACUGUCUUCAUUCGCCGCGUGGUACCCGAGCGUCUAAUGACUCUCAUGUCUACACCUUUGUGCUCUUAAUUGACCUUGUGGCAACUAUGCCGAGGCAUUGAAAAUCGCCACAAAGCAACAAAGGCUUUCUUCCCAGAGUGAGGGAUAACAGCUUACGACAUUUAUCUAUGCCUACUGUGGGCCGUCUGGCCAUUGCAUGAAAUGCGCUAGCCGGGGCAUGUCAUGAAUUCUUGCGGACUUCGAGAGAAAAUCACUGUACUUCAGAUGCCAUCGAACUCGCGCCCCAAACCUUUUAAAACAGUAAAUAAGCAACUAUCAUUUGAUAUGGGGCAUAGAUAAGUUUGUAAAUGACUGUUUACUAACUGAUAAGGUGGAGAAUUGUAUCGAAAGACAAUAAAAAAUAAAAAAACGGUUAUUUUACAGGCAUCUAAGUUGGUUACAUCAGCGUACCAGAAAGGGCAGUACAUCCAAGAGAGUAAAUACAGGAAAAUUACUGACAGUUUCGAAGUUUCAUAAGCUCCGCACUCGAGUCCAUCAUUGAGGUGACAAGUGGUCUCCGGCGAUUUGUCUUGUUAUUGGGCACGAAAUCAAAGUUUUUCGCAUGUAAUAUAUUCUUUUCCUAUUUCCAGUUCCCUUUGAGAAGCACAAACUUGUCCAUAGGAUUCAGGUAGGGUUUUUCUUAGGAAUAAGAAUUCCUCUGAAACUGUGGUCAGAGAAGCUAGGCGUCAUCUGCGAAAACAAAUUUUGGUCCGAAGCGUUGUUGACAUAGCACUUCUUUUUAGUGAUAAACGGGAACAUUGUCCUGAAGAUUGCGACGUUCAUUCUGCAUUAAUGGGUGUCGUUAAAUCUGAAGCCAUACUUCGCCACGUCAAGCUCCUGCUGUUGAUCAUCAUAUGGGCUGCCUCUAAUUUGAGUACCACUCGAACCAAGUAUGACUAGUUCGUGUUAUUCGGUUUUGCUCGUUGUAGUCUUGUUGAAGUCCAUCGCACAUAUGACCAUCUGUGUCGCCCACCUAGGCUUGCCUAAAGGUAGUGACUCAUCGCAGAAAUAACGGCCCUUCCUGAAUGAAGCUCAAAGAUCAGCCUGUUCCUUAGAUAUCAGAAAACGUUCUCUUGGAAGCCUCCUACUUACAACUGAAUUCAUCAUAUCACUUCGCAUGUCAGUGUAUUUAUGGGAACUAGUUUAUGAUUGCUGACUAAAAUGUCCUCAAGUGUCCGGCAGGAAGGCGUGCUUUGUAGCUGCUACGCACUUUAUGCCAUUAGACCUAGAUGCUGGAACUUCGUCGGCCAAGUUGCUCUGUCUGUCAUCCCCCUAGUAAUAUUUCCGACUUCCCUCAUUUACCACACGCCACAAUAUGGAACACGGUUUUUAAGACACUGGCCGGUUCUCUCAGUUGCAUAUUGAUUGCUUGGCAUGUGUGCACUUUUUCCGUAGGCCCCAUCCUAACCUUCCGCCACUUUCCUCUUUCGGCUGUCAGCCCCACCUUUUCUUUGUGACGGAGAGGUAAUUUAAGUCGACGUGAUCAACAUUGUCGACAGUUGUCUUUUACCCCUCUGCCAGUUCACAUCAGCCACCCGCUCAUCACUGUUUUUUUUGAUCAUCCACUCUGCCCACGCAUGCGUCCCAUAGUCAACUUUAUACGCGUGAGCAAGUAGACUUCUUGUUUCCAGAUUAACUUCACCAAUUAUGGCCGCAAUCUGACAAAUUCGGACGCGAUGACACUUUCCUUGUUUUUUGGAUAUCCUGGGGUAGAACGUGAUACAGUGCCUGUCUAACUAUUUCCCUCACUCUAAAGGCUGUGAUUUGGGUUGCUUCCUUCAAAAAGCAGUCCCGCCGUGUUGACUGAGAUCUUCGUUCUACUCCCGCAUCUCCACUAUAAGUCCAUUCUCGUCACUUUUCUGCUGGCAGUUUUCGCGCGUUAGAUUCUUUUAGAGACUUUGAGUGACCCAGUCUGACACAGGCGGUUUGGCUUUCGAUCUCUCCUGGGGGCAUGUCUACCUGGUUGCGAGUCAUGUUGUAUACCACACCCAGCAAUCUAGGCCCCUAGCCAGACUGACUAUUGUCUUUUGUGGUGAGUAAGUAAGGGCAGUUUGCAUGCUGGACUUAAAUGACUGCAGAAACCGACUUUCAAAGCUCUUAUCCAUUGUUCGUUGGCGUGACGCCUUUUCUCUUUCGCGGCUCAUUCAACGAUUUUGACUUGAGCGAUUCAAGUACUUUAAAAUUUGUGCUUAGGUGAAUUCCCUUACAGUCACUUUUCCUGGCCGUUUAGACAUGCAGAGGUACUUGGCUUACUUGCAGAAGUCGACUUUGAAUUACUAAUAGACUACAGAACUCCUGUAGAUUUUCAGACCAGGAAUCGAGCUUCGCGUGGCGAAAGUGUGUUUGUUGAUUUUGACUUACUGCAGCCCUUCUGAUUGUGAGAAUUUGCUAAAUGCCUGAUUGGUCUGUUUCUGCUACUGGCAUAGGAGAAGGCAUUAAAACUAUCGGCACCCCCUAGCAGGAUUGAGGGAAAAUGAUGACUACCAUUUACUGGGCACAUUCAUCAAGAAAGACCUCAUAUGUGCGCUGAGACCCUGGAAGCAUUGAUUAUGGACCUUUGGUAUGAUACGGCGUAACAUUUUUUGCCAUUCAAGUAGGAGGUUUAGUCUUCCUCGUCCAACCAGUUUUGUAGAUGAUAUGACCUCAUUCUCCGUGCUUCUUACCGCAAUGGUCCUUUAACUUGGCAGACAGGUGAAAGUCACGUGAAGCCAGGUUUUUGGGACGUCGCAACAGCAGUUGUCAACGGAAACGGUCGCAUUCCGGCUACCUGGAGCUUGAGUUUUGUUAAUUAGCGACAGAAAAUAAGCCACUUUGUAGAUAGGGCUCCUCCGUAAUUCCUUACUUUUUGUAGAACUCUUCGUUGCAGUUUUUAUUUCACACUUACAAGUUGAAGUGCUACUCUUAUGACAAAAGGGAGCUUCUUUAACACAAGCAACCUAUUGCCUAUCCUAAGCUAUUUGCACAUACGGUUUGCAAAAAGGGGCAAAAGACUGUUUUUAGACGUUAAGAAUAAGCCUUAUUUACCAUACUUGCACACAGUGAAAUUGCGCCUAUUGUUUCUUUACGCCCUCUCAAGUACUGCAACUGACUAGAGCCAUUUCGGGCUUUCACGUCAAUUCUUCUCUUGGUGACAAUUUCGGUGCUAUAAAUCGCUACAAAGAGGUAUAAAUUAGAAGCUCGACCGUGUCACCCACCUGCGCCCUCCUCCGCCUCCGGUCUUCUUGACACCGGGUCCAGGCGGAGUAGGAGGAGGAGGAGAGGAUUCUAUGGAUGUUGCGCAAGUCUUCUAUCCAUAUAAACUAAUUCACGUGCAAGUCACCGUCCCUGCUCUCACCUUGUUGUGGGGCACGCGGUGGACAUCGUCGGAAUCGACGAUCGAACUGUCAAUUGGAGGCACAGUAUGACUCAAAUUGAUGGUCAGAGAAAUUGGUUAACUCCAUAGCUACAGUAAUUGCAUGGUGCCUACGGGUUGAGUAAUUGUACCAUUCGUUACAUUGAAUGCAUUUUUAACAAGCCUCAAAAGCUCCUGUCCAGAUCUUUUGGUCGUAAUGUGUUCCUUGCCCAGUUCUAACUUACGUCUUUAAUUCACCACACCCCGACCCUCCUCUUGUCCCCGCUCAUGAUGGACACCGCUGAUACUGAUGUUGUGAUACGUUGAAAUUUUCUACUGGGUAAUCACCUGCUCAAGACUAAGCAAGACUAGAAUUUCGUAGAUUUGGCUUUGUUUUAUGCCGACCGUUGUGCCAGACAAUAAAGGACUGUGACGACUACCUCGCUUUCCUCACGCCUACGCAGGAUUUAAGUGGAAAAUUAACUGCAAAACCCAUUUACCCAUGGUGUUUCGUUCAUUUUUAUCCUCUUCCCUGUCACUUAUAGACCUUGGGCACAAAAGGCAAAUUUUGUGGAUACAUCAUAACUCACAAGACUUCAAUCUCUCAGCUGACUGGUAAUGCUGUCAGUGCAGUCAUAUGACUCUAAUCUCGGGGGUUUUCGAAGCCUUCCCCAGAAAGAGCGCAGAAUUUAUUUUCGGUCGAUGAUAGGAGUUUGGUACAGCACGAUUACUUUUUGCUGCACACUUAAUGCCUGUAAUGGGUUUCAUAUCAGGGUUUUGUACAUUUUUCGGGUCGCCGUGUUCACUCGCGCAUUCGAAAUCAGUGAAUAUUUUGAGUCGCCCCCAUCACCUGUACUAAACGUGAACUUUCCACGCCCCUCUUGCGCCUUCAAUGCACACAGAAUCCGCACACGCACGCCGAGUAUGGUAAUAAUGCCCUGCUGUUGGCAUGACAGUUGCAGUCUGUCUCAACACGCCUGCACUGUUUGCCAGGGUCUGUGAAAUUGUCUGGUAAGGAUUGCAAUUUAAGCACGCUUAUUUCUAUGACGCAAACAAGAGGCAUUUCAUCCGACACCGUUUUGUGGAGCCAGCCUGUUGUACCUUGGUGAGCCGAGCCCUUCUCUAUGCGCAUGUGUCCGUGAAGCAGUUUUUUUGCAAGCGCGCGCGCGCAAGUACCCCACCACUCAUACUUAAAUGGACCACGUUGUUGAGAAUAUCCAUAUGUAAACACAUUUUGUACGGGUGGCUGGAUAAGAUGCUUUGGCGCGACGUCGUCCUAUUCCUCUUUCCUCCCCCACUUCCUAGUACGUGUGCAUAAAGCCAUCAACCGUACCGAAUGUUGUGGCGCCUUCGCGUCUCCGAUCCAUACACAUGGCUAGGUCGACCGUUAAUGUCGCCAAACCCUUCGAGACGUGAAUGACAAUCUCAUUCGGUCUAGUCCAUCCGCCUGCGUUUUGUGUCCGGACUGGCGUCACCCUCAGUUGCAGUAAAUAUAAUCAACAACCACCACUGUUAGGUUGCAGUCAUCUUACUCGAAUAAUAGAUACAAGCAAAUAAGUCGAAUAAUUUUCGCCGAUUUUUUCGCGGCUGCCUAAGGCGACUCAUCAGUCAGUCUGCCUACGUCCUCCAUGCUCAAGUUAUCGGAUGUAACUUUAUAAUUUCAUCAAAAUUCUCCAGCAAUUUUGUAGUGGUAGGCUUUCCAACUCCUUAAUUUUAGUAUUCCAGUUGAACACUGCCAACACUGCAAAAUAACUGGGCAAUGCUCACCUGCCAAGCUGCCGGACAACCAGUAGUAUAGUUCGUAGACCAAAGAUCCCUUCAACUGCAACUUAGGUACCAGUCUGACACUGACUUGGAUUUCAAAUGCAUGCGACGCCCCGUCUGGUUGAUUGUUGUGUCUAGUUUCGGCCGAAAGAGUUUUCAGAAGAAGAGGUGGUGAGCUUACGUAGCUUUCGAUAAAUUCUCGUCGGGCCAGUACAAUUAUAUGGGAAGUGGGUAUAAGUUAAAAUACGUCAGUGAUAAGAUAAAUCGAUUAACGUUCGCCUUAAAACACAGGCUGGGUGUGGGAAUGUGGGGCAGGGGGGGGGGGUGAGAGCGGAAGGGCGCGGGAGAGUUGUAGCGUUAGUCGAUCUUCGACCCCCUUCCCAUAUACUUGUACUGGCUCGACGAGGAUUUAUCGAAAGCUACGUAAGCUCGCCACCUCUUCUUCUGAUUACUGUUAUGGGAAUUUUUGCAACUACAAAGGAGUUUUGAUGAUUCUGCAUGAGCCUCUUGAAAGCAGCGUACGGGGAUCGUUUGAAAGAAUGGCGACCACCUCCGUUGUACCGAGUGCGCACUCGUGUAGGAGUUUUGACUGGCUCAGUUGAAUCCUGUACACUACACGCUCAUCCUCUCUGACACCCAUUUAGUUACUAGUACUCACUGUAUGAAACGGGGCGGCACCUAGAAUAAAAGUACCGCUUAGGUUAAUGAAUUUGCAAAAGGUAACCUUUCUGGCUACAUAUUUUGGGCUCUCAGUGCAUAGGUUUGUGUUCAUCAGAUACAGGCGUUACACACUUGUUCCUAACGGCAAAUCAGUUGUAUCAUGAUCAAGGCCAACAGAGGCUAGCACAAGUUAUGCAGACAAUUUUUGCUCAAGCGGACACAUACCUCCCUGCGUUAUCAUCAAUAUUCUUCUUCCGGACACCAUUAGUUGCUAUCGAACGAACAUUGAAUAAUCGUCGGGGCACGACUUCCUGACCUCACCCUCGAUGUUUAUGUACGCAAUGGGACUGGUUAUUUCUGCAAACCAAUCGCGUAAUGUUACAAAAUGAAUAUCUGUCGACACGGGCGAAAAUACGAGUUUCGGGAAACACUCAGAGGACAGGGACGCAAUCGCUGGAACAAGAAUCUUCUUUGUCUCAUGUUUUGGAUCCGCGCUCGAAUCCAUCACUGGAACCAGCACCAGAUAAUGGGGGCGGAGACUCUUGAUUUAUAAUCCAAAGGAUGCAGUUAGCAUGUCACUGCAUAUCCAUCCCAAUUAGUGCCCCCUCCCCUGACACUUGGCUUGAUAAUUACCUGGGCAUUUGGCACACUGACACUGGCACUUAAAACUGUUCAACCGUGCGCGUCCCCGCGCGUCUAAUUACUCUGCCCAGCCAGUCUCAAUACCGAAUAUGGAGGGGAAAGGCCAUUGUGCUUGUUACUGGACUGAGGGCUCACGGCCCGUGCAGUGGUCAACUCUUGCGAGAAUUUGGAUUUCGUCGAUAUUGAGGGUGUGACCAAUUCCCAUCGAAUGAACCGCGACUUGGAAGCUUGCGUCGUCCCUCCUGGCUGCUGCUUCACAUUCAGUCAUCUGCGGCCAGUGUAUUUCAACUUCUUUGCCGUAGUUACUACGCCUGGAAAUAUGCCAAAUACGGCAAACGACUCCGGACGUUUCUUAUCGUGGCGGUGGGUCUUUCGGUCUCAUGACGUGACGCCUGCCAGUUGUUUUUGGUCUGUGUGCAACGCCAACCCCGAAUAGUGUGAGAGAGCCACUGAGGUUCUCCGCCAAAAUUUGGGGUUGGUUGGAUUGGGUCUAGUUCCGUCUGUGCGUGCGCUAGUAAGCAUUCGCUCUAAGCACCCCUCGAAGAUACUACAAUUCAGCAACCUAGUUUCCCGGUUCACUGUAAUGCGUCUCAACACGCCGGCAUAGCGCCCCAUACGCAACUGUGUUUGUGGCUGUCUGGAUGGUUACUUUUGGAGUUCAGUACUUCCGUCGCACUUAUCACUUUCCUGAACACUUUGCUUUUUAGGCCACCAGAAUCUUUUUGGCAGAGAAGGACAUUAAGGAAGACCAGCUGAAUGUUUUCUUUUUAAAUUUGAUAUCCAGGAAGAUGGGGCUGAGAUGUUCUUCGAAUAUACGAAGGUACCAUCCGUAUACCCAACCCAGACUUGCGGUCUCUGGUGUUGGAAGAUCAGCGACUUCAGGAGUUGCAGGACUGCCUCAGCCAAGAGUCCCGAACUCAGUGAGCCCGUUAGCGUACCUCUCGCCUGCCCAUGGACCAUUCCACACCACAGCUCACGACUCGUAGCCACGCAUGAUGCCUGACCGGAUGGAUGGUCGACACGCGGAUUUUGUGGCAAUGGAAAUAUUGUGAUGGGUUCAUAGGUACUUUCUGAUACCUGAAGAAGCCUACGAGCAAUAUCGACUCAUACAAUGGUCGUCCUUCCCCUGCCAGUUUGGCAGCAGCUUCGCCCCUAAGUAUUUGGAACUGUCCACUUUUCCGAGUUGGCAGCCACUAAUCCUGAGGGGUGCCGCUUGCUCGCCAGGAAUACAGUUCAAAAACAGUGUUUUCAGCGUUUAGUGGCCAAACCGACUGAUUUAGCGACCUCAGUUACUCGUGAGACUACAUUCUGUAGGUCACCAUAGCUUGACGCUAGAAGGGUGAUAUCGCCAGCGUAGUCAGGGUCAGCCAGAUGGCUUCCGGGUGCAAAUCUAACACCUUUAAAAUCACGCAGUCCAUCCGAUAAUCCAGUCAAUGGCCUAACUGAUCAGAGUGGUCAACAGAAUGCAACCUUAUCGCACAUCAGACCCAAUAUCGAGCGACUGGGCGAGUGUUGUGGGUCAGAACUCGAGAAAUGGCGGAACGAUUACAGACCUUGAUUACGGCGGUGAUUUUUGGCGGCAUAUCGUCAAAAUUCAAUAUGCGCCACACGACUGCGAAGACAACAUACCAGACGGCCACCGGCUUGUGUAUGUCAUCCUAUCCGUAACCUCAUUGUUACACUGAUGAUUCAUUACUGGGAGGGGAAGUCACUCGACAGCAUAGCCUGGGUAAGAAUAAAACCCCGCUGCAGAGAGAGAUGAGGUGAUGGUUUUGUCGUCGAAGUUGAGGAGACGCUCAAAGUAAUCAUGCCAUCUCCUGACCUUGGGCCCCGUUUUCAAAAAUAAGUACGUCAUUCAAGUUGUGAUCAGAGCUAUUCAAUGCCCAAGACCCCCCACUAGCUUGUCGACUAGGUUGGUGGAGCUUUAGAGUGUUGCUGCCGUUUGAGACUUGCUCCACAGAGGUCGCCACUUCAGUGCAGGGUGUUUUUUGCGAUCAUAUCUACCCGGCUUUGUCACCACCUUUCAGAAUUGGUGGAGCAUAGCUGAGGGGCUCGACUUGAGCUGUCUGGGCAGACCAAUACUACGUUCUUGAUCUGGUCCAGUCUUUUUGGUUCUUUCAACAGCUUCACUAACUGAUGGUUUCAGCGUUGACCAUUUAAUGUUGCCUUUUUUGACAUGUUCUGCAAAACGAAACCGGAUUCCUGUGCCAUGUUGGGAUAUCGUACUCUUCCGGCAUAACAGUAUUUUGCAUGUGACAAUUUGGUGCGGAUGAGCAGUGAACUCUCAGGUGUUUGCCACCGAAAACAUGAUCUAACCCAUGGGCGUUGUCACUUCUAACGCUACACAUCGGUCUGCUACAGCGAACUCAGUUAUAUGGCCUUUAACUGACCAGAAUGCAGUCAGUCUGAGUGGCCGUACAGCCAUCGUUUGAAUGUCAGGUUUUCUGUUGUCUGGCGAUGCUGGCAGUGCGUGUUGAUGCCAACUAGUCGGUUCUAAUUGGCCACCAUUGUCGUAUCAAGAGCUGCAGUCAAGACGGUCAAUAAAGUGGAGUACGGGAACACUUGUUCACAUGUCCAGCCCUCUACUGUCUCUCGUCUCUUAGUGCGAAAAUUUGACGACGGCUUGCUAUUAGCUAUCUGAAAAUUCAAGAAUGCAGCUCGAUUUUUAGGAGGUCUUUUGCUUUUCAUGUCUAUUGCUCUGGCAUGCUAUCGUUGCACUGUCCGCGGGUCUCGUGACUCUCGCCAGCAGCCCACUUUAUUGCUAAUAAUUGUCCCAUCCCCUCGGAAGCCAAUCAGACCUUUUUAGACUAUCAUUCUGUGUGACCUCCCUAACAGACUCCUGGAACCAGACGAACCCAACCAGAAAGCAUUAUUCAAGAGGUCUGUCGACCAAUUCCCCUGAUUUCGAAUUCAGUUUGGGAUAUAUUAACUCGUACCUGCGGAAGUUGCCGGCAUAAUCGACAAGUCGGAAGUCCACACACAAAACUCGGAAGGGAGGUGAUCAUAGGUUAUUUUGUUCCAGCUGCUUCAUGGUUGCGUGAGUUAAUUAGCCUCGCUUUAGUUGUUUUGGGUGUCGUUGCAGUCCGUCUGGUGUUGUUGCAGUCUAUCUAGCAUAACUCCUUGACAUGUCUCUGGAAUAUUUUAUCUAGUUUGUUCGUACAACUUAUUGCGUCUUGAGAAACGACAACCAAAGUUUCAGCUAUAGGUAAAUAUUGUGCGUUGAUCAGGGUUUUAUGUAAGACAACCAAAAUGCAAUGCAAUGCCUGUAGCUUUGCCUUUGUAUGUCUUUUUACUGCGUUAUGUAUUUAGUGCAGAGUUACAUGGAGUUCUACCCGUAAAGCCAACAUCCACAAGUGCUUGCGUAUUCAGGCUUUUUCUGGCAGAGCUUUUUCCGCCCGCAGAUUUGAAUUGACUAAGUUCACAAGUCCCACUGCGACAUAUUGCUUCAGUUUACGGAAUGUUAGAAAAGCUCUUCAUAACAAUCUCAAAUGUCCUCACUGAUAUCAACGGCCGGCAUGACUACAGUCACUGUAUUUAUGAAGCUGACCAGCUCCAUCUGCUUACGGAUUGAAAAAAUUGCAACCCGUUAUGUGCUGUCUGACCGAAAAAUUGUUUUUGCCACGACCCAAAGUCAUGACAGCGGGUGACAUCCGAACUCGUAGUUUUUUCCUCGUCUGAUUAUUCCAGCGUGAAAGCAAUAGAACGCUUUCCUACUCAUGCUCAUCUGCUGAGGCGAGUUCUUCACCGGCUUGUGGGGAUCCAAAUUGUCAACGGGAUGUCUGAAACCAAAUUGGGUCCCUAAGUCAAAACAAAACCUGGCAUAGCUCUGCUUCUGUAACAGGCUUUAUUGUACUAGGUUUGUGUGGAAAGUUCUGGUUGAUUUCAGGAGCAAACGCUUCAUCUUGAAAAAAAACUUAAGGCUCUAUACUAAAAUUAGUCAAAUUAUUACACCUGGACAUCUGUUCAUCUCCGCCGUUGAUGAACAAGAUCAUUUAUGCCGUGUUGCUAGAAAUCCACUGACUUUGAUGCUAUGGAAAUUUUGAAUCCAGCUUCAACCUCAGUUUUUUCUCGAAAGUUUUGCUGCUUAAGAAGUGUCUAGAUGUCUAAAAAAAGUAUGGUCACUAGGCAAAAGCUCGGAAGAAUAUGGUGGAUGUCGUAAAGUCUCGUAUCCCAAGUCAUCGACUUUCUCCAGUGUCAUCCUGGGAACUUGGCCACGCGUUGUAGGACAAAAUUGGGUCACGCCGAAUCACCAAUGCAGGUCUCACUUUUCCUAGAUGAACGUGUAUUUCUGCCAGUUGCUUGCAGUAAACCUCUGCCGUGAUGCUCUUAUUAGUCUCGAGAAAGCUUGAAUGUGGCGCAAAUCACCAGACUGUCACCAUAAUCUCCUGCUGAUACAACUUCGGUUUCGGGAAAUGUUUGGGUGCUUUGUCACGAUCAAGCCACUGUCCUGAUAGCUUACUUUUACUUCGUACACCGGUGGUCAUACCUGACCUAGUCGACCUCGACGAUGUCGCAGAUUGCAUCUCUCCAUGCGUGAUGAUCUGCGCAGUCGAUCACAACAGCUCGAUGUACCCCCCAGCAACGUAGACCGAAUACCGAGGCUCAAGAAACGCCUCCAUGUCUGGAAGAACUGUGCCGAAUCAGGUUUUGAGUUAACCACCUCUUCUAAGUUGGCAGCGGCGCCAGAUCCAGGACAGUAACACUCAGCUCCUUAGGUAGACGACGAUGAACAUGGCCAAACCACCUCGAUCGUCUUCUUGGAUGGCCUGGACUAUCCUUGUGAUAUUGGCGCAGCAAGUGCGGACAGCCUCAUUGGAGACGAAGCCGGCGUACUUCACUCGAAGGAUGGUCCUCAAGUCGCACUUGUCAAAUAAGUCAAGUUUUCUCUCAUCUUCCACACAUACACAAGGCCCAACAUUCAGAACCGUAGAGGAGGACUGACCGGAGGGAUGCACGAUACACGCGGAUGUUUGUGGAAAUGGAAAUGUCACGUCGGAUCCAAAGGUACUUUCGAGGGAUUGAGAAACCCUGCUUCCUCGAGUCGACAACCAUCAAUCUGGAGAGGUGCCUUCUCCUGGUCAGGGAUGCAGCUCGGAAGCACUUUGGUCUUCCCAGUUUUUUAUGUAAAGACCAACCGAUUUAGCGACCUCGUUCACCCGUGACACCAUAGACUGAAGAUUACCAAAACUGGAAGCUGGUAAGGCGAUAUAAUCGGCAAAGUUGAGAUCAGUCAGCCAGUGUCCGGGUGCAAGCUCCACACCGUUAAAACCAUGUAGUCCUUUCAAGGAUACUGCCAAUGGCGUAGCUGAACAGAUGGGCGACAGGAUGCAGGCUUAUCAGUCAUCAGAUCGGAUACCGAACGGUUGGGGAAGAUUGCUAUGGACCGGAACUCGAGCGGUGGUGGAGCGAUAAUAGGUCCUGAUCAUGGCGACGAUUUUUGGCGGUACACCAUCAUGUGCCAUUAUCCGCCAUAUGGACUCACGAUGGACAGACACGAACGCGGCGACAAAGUCGACAAAAAAGACGGCAGUUAGUUGAUGAUAGCUAUGGCGAAUUUCGAGAAUGCGCCUCUGUGUGAAUACUUGAUUCACACAUCCACGUCCUGCACGGAACCCGGCUUGGUUGGGCCUCGUCCUAGAGUCGCGUACAGUCUGGAAUCGCCAUAGAAGAACGCAAACGAAAAUCCUCGCGUCGUCAUCGACGAGGCUUAUGCUGCGGUGGUGCACGCAUCUUGAGGAUAGGCACAAGGAUAGCUGAUCCCCAGUCAUCGGAAGCAACCUCGCCUCUCCAGGCUUGUUUAAUCACCUCAUGGAGCCAGGGCGCCAGAGUGUCAACUUAAAACUUGUAGAUUUCAGCAGGCAUACCGUCCUCUCCGGGUGCCUUGUUGUUGUGUAGCCUUUGCAUGGCACCGGAGACUUCUCCCUCAGAAAGGGGUCGCAUGACACUGUAUAGGCUGGAGAGCGAAGAAACCGUUGCAGAGGAGAGAGAGGGCGUGGUGGGUUGGGCACGAAAUUUGAGAUGGCGCUUGAAGUGCUCACGCCGGCACUCGACUUUGGAUGAGUUGUUAGCAAUAAAGCCACCAUUCACGUCGCGCAUAGAGCCACUCAGUGCAGAGGGUUUACGGUUACCAUAAAGGAUCCACUUUGCGUCUCGCGUCACCAUGUGAUCAAGAAAUGGAUCAUUAGAGUUUUGCAGAGAGCGCAUUGAACACAGCUCUAAACGCCAAAGUCUAGUUUUCAUUAAGCUCGUGCGAGACCCAUUUAUCGGUCUUUUUGCCCUACCAUUUUGCAUCAGAUGGUCGGACACUGUUGAAUUAUUGACAUUAAGUGCCGUAGACACUUCUCUGACAUCCUGACGUGGGUCUUCUUCAACAAUUACUUUCGCAAGUUCAUUGUCAAGAGUGCAUGGCCGUCCUCUACUUUCCUCACCUUCAGGGUUCUCAUUGCCACUACGGAAUUUCUAAAACCCCCUUCGUACUGUCCGAUCACUUGUGAACCCUUCUCCCCAUGCUCCCUUAAUACUGGCAGCUGUUUGGAAAGCAUUAUGACCGAGUUUGAAUUCAUGCUAGAGGAAUGAAAGCAUUUGAUCUUCUUUCAUCUCCUUUAUUAGGGACUCUGGAAGAAAUUAUGGGAGUGUUAUUGAAGAGUACACCGGCGAGUCGAAAAAUUAUCCGAUGUUUUCCGAGCAACUUAAUACUUUGGAACAAUGUCCAUUGCAUGAGAUUCUGAUUGCUCUUUGCUACAGGCUAUCUGCAUCUCAGAUGAUCGCCACGUUUGCAGUCAAUCAGUUCUAGGCUCGUGUUCACACUUUUUUAUUUGAUGCGCCACGUCUUCUAUGUUUUCAGACGCCCAACUCACGACUCGUCAAGCGGGGCCAGACUUGUCUAUAGAAAUUGAAGGAAAAUUUCGUCCUCAUGUUAUUCUCUUGCGCGACCGGAUCGCUUGUGCCAGCUAGUAGGUCUGACUUUCAGCCUAACUGCUGGCUACUUGACCUCUUCAUGGAAUUGGACCUGUCUUUGGCAGGAGCUAGAUGCACAGCAUUUAGGAUUCUGACUUUAAAAGGGGACUAGAGGGAUGAGCUCGGAGACGCUGACUACCAGAUGAACGGCAUAAAAUUUGACGACGUCCAAUAACUGGUAAUGACGACCAAACAUUAAAUAGGUCCUUUUUGUCACUGCUAUCUAGCGCAGUUGACACUUUCUCGCAAUGCUAAUUAAAGACUAGGAAGCCAAAGUUGUUAAAUAACUUAAAGCCUCCGGAUGUGUUCGAACUCUGGGGCCGCCUUUCUGCAUCAACUGUGAGAAACCAACCACAGAGAUUAUCACCCAAGCAGGCAUUUGUUUCCGUUUUGCAGCAAAGAAGCAUUUUAAUAAUGACAUUGCCUCACUUCAGGUCACCUGCCCAUCCAGUCCUGCCCGGUGCACUUUUACGCUUGUCCUUCAACGUCCUUUGAGUUUCUCGCACGAUGAAUGCAUUCGGUGCCGCACUGUCGUCUUAUCCGUUGCUUAUAAUCCAAACUGCGCAUUUUCUACAAUCCCACAUGCAUCCACACGCACGCACACCGACUUCUAAUUUCCAACCACGGUUCUAGAGCUUUUAGCUCACAUUUCAAACCACAACCCUAAUCUAUUCCGCCUUCUGGGUGGGUGCACGCCCUAAAGCUCAUUAUUUAGUGAGAAUCGUAGCUGGCAUGCAGGGCUGUUUCGUUGGAUUUUUGUUAUCUUAGUCAAAGACGCACCAUUGCUGUUUCAGAUAAUGUGUCAUUUUAACCGGCCAUAUUAUGGACGGGGGUUGUUGCUCAUUCCGAACCUCCCAAUAACUCCAUUCAGCGGCAUAUUAUCUUCCCACUCUUUUGACAAGGCACACUAAUGCAGUCAAAACCACUGUAUUGCAAAUCACGUCUGACCAUGCAUAUAAUUGAAAAUCACAUUUUGGGUUCAUACUGAUGGCUUUGAGCUUUGUAUGGAUUUACAUAAUUUUCAAGCGGUCCACGAAUCUGCCUUAAUUACGUUUCUCAAUGGCAGAAGUCCAAGUCACAAAGUUGUAAGUUUUAACCUAACCCCCUUUGUCGCCGCGCUCUGAAUCCUCUUUGCAUUGUUUUAAACGUCCUGUUCCCCUGCGUCUUCGAAUUUUGUUUUUACAAGCCAAGAAAAUCAAAACUUCUGGUUGGCAAAAACGGCACUUUUCAACCGAACUUGCACUAAUUAGUAUAUACUUAAAACACCGACCCUCCGUGCCGGGACUGUAUGCCCGGCUGGAACAAGCUAUCGUUUAAAUAGCCUGAUUUAACACUGCAAUGGUUCUUUGUGGGUUCGUUCCGUGGAUUGUCGGCAGUCCAGUCUUUUGAGAUUGACAUCCCUAAUGACCAGACGGGACUACCGGGUGAAACACUUAUACUUGCACCUUUAUGGUUCUAUUUUGUGCGCUAACCACAUUCUGACUAAUUGCAGUCGAUCUGCGGCAUCGAAACUCCGUCUACUUAUUAAGACCGGGUUUGCACAGACCGUGACCUACUAACCACUGCGGUCUUCGAACGCGUGCUGAAGGACCUAAUUAUAGCUCAAGUUGAUUAAUGUCGACGAAUGGACACAACCCUGAAGGUAAUCGGAAGUGACAUCAAAGAGGCCUGUCACCCUGUCACCCAUUCGGACUUUGACCAUUGUAAUGUAAUAGUAGGUAAUAGGCCACUGUAUCGGCGUGCCGCCCUGCGGCGUGUUCGACCACAGCAAAUUCUGACAUAUUAGUUUGUGGUGUGCCUGACUGACAACUAAUUUAUUGUCUGUUGUGGUAUCGGAAAGGGGUAUUUUUUUUCAACCACCAACCAACUCAGUGCAGCGAAAUUGAUAAGCACUUCGCUACCUUCCUGUGGCAUAUUAAUAAAGACCUCCGAUGGAUCUCAGUCCGGACUGGUUCCUGUGCACUAUUCUCCCUACAACGGAUUCAUCAAGGAGGCAGAUUGGAGGACCACAAAGUAGCUAGAUAGUUUAUAAACUUUCAGCAGCUAUGCACUACAAAAUUGGGACGUGUUCCUCUGGUAUUACUGUUCACUACUCCAAGACCGUGUUUCGUGCACGACGACUGUCACUGUCACAGUAGUCGUCUGGUUUAGACGUCCCGUGGGCGUGUAUGCGAAUCGCCUAUGAGCUUACCCUUUCGGGCUGAUGCACUGUGAUUCAACAGAACUGUACUUAUGUGCCACCGGAUGAUUGAUGCGACUGUCUACGCCUCGUGUCUUGUUGGCGACGACCCCGAUGUACUUUCUCCUCUAAUUUUUUGCUCAAUGUCUACCUGACAAAAAGAUAGAGAUGCUGAAAUUUACCAUACUGCCUUUUGCAUGACUUGUCGGAAUGACGACUGAGUGGAGAGUCUUCAGACGCCGUCUCAGGCAAUAAAUGCUAAUUACUGAUUGGCGGGAGUAUUAUGUGACGCUUGCCUAUUUCAUUUUCUGACGAUCUUCCCUUUUAUGAGUUUAGAUGCUGAACAAAUAAACUGUCUAUCUUGAUGCCUAAAUAUCUCUAUCCUCUUUGCCUCGAACACUUCAUGGGCAUCUACAGGCUGGAAUGUUUUUCGUAAGACUGCAUGCUUUAUGUCUACGAUUGCUGGACCAAAACUUUAGUCAGUGACUGAUGUACAUUACUUGAUCUCUUUCCAUGGUGUACAGGGCCAAAUUUACAUAUUUGUGCGCCCAGAUUGCUGGGUUAGUUACCUUUACAGCAUCUUAGGCGUCUGACAACUACUUGAUACUCCUGUUGGGUGGCCGCCCGAAACAUUUGGGGGAUUUUAAUUCAUGGCAUCAUGGCGUGUGUGACAUAUGAUCCGCGGAUGCUGAAUGAAUACCCAAUCAGCAGGAUUCCGCCUUUGCAUUAGAACAUAGUGCAUGUAGGUGUAGACAGCGAGCCUGGUGCUGCGCAAAGCUCCCUUUAGAUACUUCAGUCCACACGCAGGUCACCGCUGUCUCACGAGCUGGUCGUCGUUGACAUGGACGAGCGACCUUGGUUGCCUCGGGAAUCUACCAUCUCAAGACAGAUCUGUAGCAUAGUAGUAGUGUUUAUAGUUGUGGCCACCGUUGAAGCAGCAGCAACUGUACAGGCUGAGCACGCAUCCGCCGUAGCAUGUGCAAUUGACGAUGCUUCUAGAAUGGAUAAUCUCACUUUACGAAUUCCGGCGCAUAACGGGCGCGCACAUAUGGCGUCCUACGUACUCACUCGGUCACACUCAUGCAAGAGUCUCCGUCAAAUCACUUACGCCUUCGUAUAUGUUGGACGUCCGGCUUGUUUUCCCAGGCGGCAUUCCGGUGACUGUUCCCUGGUCUGUUUAAGCAAAUUGGCUUCACUGGUUGGUAUGUAUACUUAUUCCAUUGUUUUGCACUGCUUCGUGCGGUUAGUUUUACGUCCUGCGGACUUAUUGUAUUGGCAGCAAGGAUGUUCGGCUGCUGAGUUUUUUUGCGCUUUUGAGGAUGUUAGCUUCACAGCCUCGUCGAGUUUUUAUUGUUCACCACCGCAUGGCACACGUGCCCUGCAUCAACCUCAUGAGCGGUUUGGCGACCAUCUUUUAUGGACAUGCCUUUGAGAACUUUGAUUAGCACUUUAUGAGUUCGGUCACUGAGUGUAAGAGGGAAUGAGCCUGUGGGGCAUGAUUUGUUCCUGCUUCCUAGCACUCAUGUUUUUGAUUAAUAAAAGGAUCAAAAAUUGAUGGGACAGGGUAGCGGUUUUUCUCGAGUGUGUUUUGCAAAGGCAGCUGAAGGUACUCUCGGGUACUAAAGAGUUUCCUUCCGCGCAUGAUUUAGUUUGUAAUCAUGCUCCUUACCAGUUGAUAUUGCAGUCUCACUUAUGUGAUCUUCUCCAUUUAUAAGCUUUGGGCUUUGGUGCAAACUGUGAAACCACUUAAACUUAACAACCAACACUUGUCUUUGUUUUGUUUUAUCUAUCCGCGUUUGUGACUGUUGUCUCUUGAGCUUCAGAGCAUACAUGAGGGGUGUCUUCGCAAUCCCUGGCUUUUUUAAAUGGAGUCGCUUCCAGGCCGUUGUUUGCGUGUUUUAGGCAUUCCAGCUUCUAUGGUCUAUGGCGGCAGUUUGCUUAAAAAGUUGUCAAUUUCAAAAUCUCCCAUCUUGUUUUUGUUCCUUAGCCCGAAGAAUUUCUACAUGGCUCUCGGUCUUAAUACCCGUUGAGUUUCUCAUACUCUGUCAAAUGUUCAGCCUAAUAAAUCGUCCGUAAUUGCCCUGAAAUUACGAUUUUUGGGACAAGAUCUUUUCUGUUACUUGUUAUUUAACCAUAAAAAAGUAAGGCGGACUUUGUUGAAUAAAGUGCAGCUUAAACACUGCUACUUUGGAUAAAACAGCCCUCGGAAUAGACACCCAAAAAGGUGUAGUUUUACUGUCUUGCACACGUUACUAACUGGCUUGGGACAUCAUGCGGACUACUCCCAAGCCUGACCUUUUUCGGCUGUCAAAUAACUCCUUAAGUGACGGAGAAGUGUAUGUCUAUAUCAACUCUUUAACCCGCCAAAUGCCAUGCACUUGGUAAGACAGCUUCCAAUCAAAUCCUACUCGCAGGGUAAACCAUCUGAGGCAGACACCAUUUGCACACUUUGUCAGAACAAACGACCUUGUUCUUUCUUAAAUUCCGGUUGAUACUGCUAUCUUCUAUUCCUUAUUAGAGAUUUUAUAUGUCUUAUUUUGUCCUUGAAAGUUCGGAUUCGGUUGGAAGAACCUACUAAAGCCAUUCGUGUUCAUUCUCCAAUUAAUCAAAAUUCACGCCACUGAAACAUUUCCAGUAGCUCGUAUUUUUAAAAUAACAUAAUUUGCGCUUCUAGACGUACUGUACUAUUGCAGGGCUUCUCAUUCGUCGCAUCGAGCAUCAUCGAACCGAGCCCACGGGGUGUCCUACCUGAUCUCAAUAGAAACCGUGGCCCUCCGCGAGGGUAAGUGGGUCCCUUUGCUCAUACAUUGUCUGUCUACGUGUUUUCGGCCGUUUCAGACCGAGUAACUUUGCUGAACAUCCUUCUACAAUUACAAAACAUCUGAAUUACGCUUGGCAUGCCCCAUUAAUCUUCGAGGGUAAAAUUUAUCGUCAUCUGUCCCGUGAGAACGAAGCAAGUGGGGUUGGUGGCGUUCGAUUUUGUCGCAAUUAGUCACACGCGACCAUCUUGCCGGCCAACAGUACCACGAGAGUUCGACCGUUGGUUUCGACUAUUUCCACCGUGUUCUCUGCAGCAGGGUGAGAGCAGGGGGCAGUGACUUGUGCGUGAAUCAAUUUAUAAUGAUAGUAGGCUUGCAAAGCAUCUGCCGCACUCUCUCAACUAGAUCCGCUGUCAUGACCUAGUCAAGAAGACCGGAGAUGGAAGAGGACACAGGUGGCUAACACGGCGUAAACCCGCACAUUGGCGUACCACUACACACCCUGUUCCACAACAAACAAUUCACCAGGGUUUUAAACGACAAAAAUGUGAGGCUUCAGGCAUUCCCAUUGGCCUGACGUGAGCCUGCAACUUGGGCCUGCCACCGCACCCCGAAUGUUUGCAUUUGUUGUGGGUGCGCAAUCCUGAUAACGUCUGCCACAAUCCUAUGUAACCUCCGUGUUGGCCCAGUGCAUCUGUCGCGUGGCCCGUUUCAGGGGCCAGACUAACUGUAUCAGCAGAUUAACAGAUGCACCUCUCAGAGUAAUCCAGACGAAAGCUACUUCAUCGCUGGAACACGAGCCUUUGCCGGAAGAUUCAGGUCCCCCAUAAGGGAUGCGUUUUUUUAAUACAUGAUGGCCACUACACAGUCACAGGUAUACUGUGCAGAAUACUGCGGAUCAUCCUCCGCGGAUUCACGUAAUCGGCGCGGCAGCAUCUUAUCUGGCUACUCAAUCACCACUUAUUCGUAUGGGCGCUUCUGAUUGUUGGAAUGACGUUCUAGUAAUUUAUUCCUUGAAUACAUUCCACGGGGUAUCCGUGGCAGAUGAUAAGAUCAUUAAGUUUUCCUAUAUUAUAUUCUUGCUCAUUUCUUUCCCCCAUACCUGAUAAUCAAGGCUGUUUAAGUACCAGAGCGAAACUAGGAUACAAAGGACAAUCGUCUUGGAUGCAUAUAAAUUCUUGAAUUUCUAAGCUCGUGUCGUAAAAUGUAAUGUUUUUCCAGCAGCAGGUUGGAAUUUAGACUCGUGUGUGUGGAUUACUAUUCUAAGUGCACACAAACAUCACUCCAGGCGACAGAGCCUAAGGUGGGGAAAUAAGACAAUACCCCGAAAGCCUUAAUUCGUAUCCUCGGUUUCUACAAGAACAGUGUUGCGCCGUAAGCCGAGACGUUUAAGAUAAGAAGUACGGAGCUUCGAUAGUAAAUUAUUACGUAGACGCAACACUAGUCAGUCUAGGAUGGUAAGACUGAUCUUUGAGUGAUGCCGCUGUAAACCGAGGACAAAGAUGCAGUACAUUCGACGUGUAUUUUAAACAAAUGCCUACUGCACGCACGAAGGCAGAAUCAACACCGGCCGCACAAACUUACAAUCUUGGGCAGCUUUCCAGAACUUGGAAAACGUCACGAACGCCGCCCCCACUCGUUCCACAUCACUCAAAGUUGGCUCGAGACAACCAGUUUAUACAAAGUGAUGAAUCUGAAAGAUACCCCGAUAUGGUCUUUAAUCGUGGGUUUGCGUUAAACCCGUAAGUACCGCUAUACUGAAUCUUACGCACCUGAGUCUAUCAUGAUAAGGCGAAAGUCGUGAUUCUGGAGUUUGCCAAUUGACGGGCUAAGUCUAUGUUUCUUUGACACGAGUUUCAGCGUACACUAAUACUGUCCUAGUGUGCCCACACUGCUGUGAAUUUCUAGCACAUGUCGGGAUGCGUCCAGUCGCAUUUCCUGUCGGUCGAAAGGCUUGAAAGGGAGAGGGAGAAGAGAAGGUAGGUCGAUCCAUCUCCGACCCAGCGCUUGCUUUGCUCACUAGACGUGGUCAAAUGCCUUUUUUAGAUUAGAACGGUUUGUUGCUAGCCGUAGCUUGGAAAGCUGCCGACUGACGUCAUAUCAUCGUUGCUCCUUCCUAGUGUGGCCUUUAUGGCAUUCUCUUUAAUGUGAAAUGGCCAUUCCAGUCUCCCUUGUCUUUGUCGGUAAUAACAUACUGCCUUUAUCAUGUGCAGAUGUGCGGCUGCUGGUUUGGCUCCAGAGAGAGCCGGUAAGGCACAACGGGACGAGUGAGUUCCGUAGAAACGAUCGGUAAGCACCCCUCUACCAUGAUAUCCAAUGUGCCCGCUGUGAAUGAGGCCUAGUACAUAUGGGACGGGGUUCAGGUUGCAUAUGACAGGCGGAGACGAACUGCGCAGUGCUGUCAGCCACUGCCACUUCUGCUCGUCUUGCCGUCUUGUUGGAGCACGGUGGAUGUGGUGGGAGUGAAUGAGAGUCCGUUUCACAACAAAUUCGUGUGCCAGUCACCUUGAGAGACUGUAGCGGAUCUCAUCGUUUACCACUGUCGUAAUAAUCUCCUACCUAGUUCUUCAUCUUAUCUGGACUUCCCAGGGAAUGGCAGUUUUUUGGCCAAUUUUUUAAAGUUACUUAUUUUUCUUGCUGACUAUUUGACGUGGUGGGCGUCGUGCUUCACGAUCUAAAUGGGUUUCUCCACUCUCAGGGCCAUCUUGUCUUACUUCUGUAUUGUCUCCACUUUUCAGUUUACCUAAUAGUUAUCUUAAACCCUUUUGUGAAAUUUCAGCGUCCGCGGAGCUAUUUCCAUGGGCCGAUUGAGUCGCAUGAACGGAAUUACCCCAACCCUAAUGACGAACCCGACGGUAGGUGGUGCUCACAGUUUCGGUCAGCAAAACAAGAAUCGUACGCGUCCAGAUUGUGCGCCAACUGCCGGCAUUGCCACCAAUCCGGCUGUUGUGCCAGUUAUGCUCCCUUCUAUCCCAAACCGUUACGGUGGAUACGAGGUAGACGAUCCUCUGCCUUCACACGGCUGCGACUUGAGCGAUUUUGCUUCUAAUCCAUCAGCCCCCGUCGUCAACUGCCUAGCUACGACUGUCCCACAGGCGUCGCAACCACCGCCCCCCGAUCGAGGUAACCCUGAGAAGAACCAGCUGAUCGUUACCACCUCCAGACCGACCGGAGGUGGAACGGAAGAAAACUGCACGGUCUACAGUGCUGAGGUGCCGUCCUUGUCGUCACGAAUGCUCAACACCUUUCGAGAGGCAGAUGAGAAAGAGGAAGACGAGGACAACAUUCCUGGAGCCCAACGGAUUGGCCAACAGACCAGUCGGCGGGGCCUGAUGGCAGGAGAGUCCUCCACAGCUUCUUCUAAGAUCAAGCCUUUGAUAGAGGCUCCACGCGACCACCGUUCGCACGCGCCUGUCAAUGGUAGCAAGACGCUGGCCGACACAAAGCCGUUCUCCUACCCCAACCUUCUCGUCUCUCCAAGUGGCCUGAAGUCGCAACCGACAAGGGCCAGUAGUAAGCCUGUCAUGCGCUCCGUCUCUCCUGUGGAGUCUGUAGAAUCGGCCACCAAACGAGCCCCCCAUGCCACUAGUCCAGCCGGACAGUAUAAGUCGGCUGCCCAUCAUCACCAUCUGCAACCGCAACAACCUCAGCAACUGCACCGAGUGGGCAGUGGCUCAGCAGCCCCCUCUAAUCCGCCUCACGCUGUCUCCGGUGGUAGCAAUAAUGCCAAGUGUUCUGUGAUGUGA